CUCUCAUUACUCAUUCCUCAUGUCCACUCUCAAAGCUACAAACUUCUGAUUUGUUAAGUGGCGACAAACCCGGGUCGCUCUCCGAAGCCACGCCAUGGCUACACUCACUGCGAACGAUUACACUAUCGGGUGGAUCGCUGCGCUUCAUACUGAGCUGAUGGCAGCAACGGCGAUGUUGGACGAACGACACUUACCUCUACCACAGCCUUCUAGAGAUGAUAACUCAUACACGUUCGGUCGUAUCGGUACGCACAACGUUGUUAUUGCUUGCCUUCCACUUGGCAGAAUUGGCAAGGCUCCGGCAGGCAUAGUGGCCAAGGACAUGCUACGGAGUUUUUCGAACCUUCGAUGCGGGCUCAUGGUUGGCAUUGGAGGUGGUAUUCCAACGGAAAAGAUGGACAUGCGUCUAGGGGAUAUCGCGGUCAGCAAGCCCGGUUACAACGAUGGCGGCGUUGUGCAAUAUGACUACGGUCAGACGGUCAGGAAGGGGCGAUUCAUUCGGUCGGGCACCCUUAACCAGCCCCCUACCCUGCUAUUGACGGCGCUGGCCACCAUCCAGGAAAGACAUGAGCGAGGAGAACGCGAAUAUGUGCGACUUGUGCAAGACAUUCUGCCAGAACUUGCAAAUAAUUUCUCUUUUCCUGGUGCAGAAAAUGACCGCUUGUUUCACUCUGACUACGAUCAUGUUGCUGAUCAUCUAGUUUGCGAUCAUUGCAGCACUGCAGAAAUAAAGAACAGACCACCGCGAACUGACCCAUACCCACGUGUCUUUUACGGCACUAUUGCCAGCGCUGACCGGGUAAUCAGACAUGGACCAACUCGAGAUAAGAUUGGUAAAGAGAUUGGCGCGAUAUGCUUCGAGAUGGAGGCAGCCGGGCUGAUGAACGACUUUCCCUGCCUUGUCAUCCGUGGGAUUUGUGAUUACUCGGACACACACAAAAAUUAUCAGUGGCAGCCGUACGCCGCUUUGACUGCUGCAGCUUAUGCAAAAGAACUUCUACAUAUCCUCCCUUCUGAGACCGUCGACUCUACUCAGCCCAAGGCCACGUCUUCCGUGAAUUUCGAGAAAUUACGUGAGCAGAUACUUGUCCUUGCACUUCUGUAA